AAAGAAAAAGCAAAUGAGUGGAACGUCUAAAUUUUUUUGAGUUUUAUCAUUGUGAAAAACAUUUAUGGACAUAUUAUUGUCGUGUUUUUUUAGUUUAAAUAAGCUUAAGGUAGUGCAAAGUAGCAGAGUUUGAUCCUUGAAAUACACAGUUUAAGUAGAUAGUGAUUGUUCCAACAAAAAUUUCAGUUUUUACCAUAAAAUUGAGACGCUCAGAAGUGUGACAAUUUCUGCGGUGGAUUGGCAUAUGAGUUUCUCUUAUUUCUUUUUUAUAACCUAUCGCCUGUGAUUUCGUCGGAAAUUUCCAACGUUACGGACCGUGCAAAGGUUGGACGAAAUUGUUAGUUGCUGCUAUCUUCGUUAGUGCGAUAUCAUAUAACUAGGCCAGGGAAACUGAUUAACCUUAGAAGAGCUCGACCCAAGGAAUUUGCUGUCAAUGCGCUGUCCAUCAUGUCCAAAAACAAAAUAGCUAAUUCGAAACUGGAAAGCGAUCAUAUCGAAAUUAAAUCCAAGUUUGAUGCUGAAUUUCGCAGAUGGUCCAUCAAGCGAUCGGAACCCCAAAAUUUCAACGAUUUUCAAUCUCUGGUCGAAAAACUGCACAAACUGGAUCGGGGCCAGAUAUUGGUAUCAUAUGUUGAUCCGCGGGACAACGAUCUACUGCCGAUCAACAACGAUGACAACUUCGGAAGGGCCCUGACCACUGCACGUCCCCUACUGCGUGUUAUCAUCCAGCGAAAAGGGGACAGCAUAGAGGAAAUCACCGGAUAUGGAACAAUACGGCCGCGCAACCUGAUCAGCAGCAUUCUUGGACAAACACCAGUUAAAUCGAAAGGUUUAGCUAUAUCUAACCCUCACGAUUUCCGACAGGUUUCGGCUAUUAUUGAUGUGGAUAUUGUACCGGACACAUGCAGAAGAGUUCGUUUGUUAAAACAUGGCAGCGACAAGCCGCUCGGAUUCUACAUUCGGGACGGAACGUCAGUACGUGUGACCGCCAAUGGAUUAGAGAAACAGCCUGGGAUAUUUAUUUCCCGUUUGGUUCCCGGUGGGUUAGCCGAAAGUACCGGUUUAUUGGCGGUGAAUGAUGAGGUGCUGGAGGUAAACGGAAUCGAAGUCAAUGGUAAAACACUUGAUCAAGUCACCGACAUGAUGGUAGCGAACAGUUCCAAUCUGAUCAUCACGGUAAAACCUGCCAACCAAAGAACAUUGGCCCCUCCUCGACGAGGAUCUUUUUCGCGCAAUAGUCAAUUAUCGGGCGGUUCCCACCAAUCUCAUCAAACAACUGGUUCGGACGAGAACGAUCAAGACGAUCAAGAUGAAAUUCGUGAUCACACUGGUGCUGCCACUCUUGACGAGAAUGCCCUCAUUACCCAGAAAGACGGUGUUCUACAUUUGUAAAAUGAUACUUAAGGUUCUGUUUUUUUUUAUAUUACUCAUGAGUCCCGAAGUGACCGCAAUGAGAAAAGGUCGGCACAGUUGUUCCGAUUGCCUUUUCUAGAAAGUUUGUCCAAAUUUUUAUCAGGAUCAUCUUCACCAAGAUUGAGAUGUACAGAAUUGAUCUAUUACUAACGAUAAGUCAUCUAAGAUGGAAAGUUGCAUAUACCGAGAUCAUCCAACGACUAGAGAUUGUGGGUCGAAAGUUUUUUUUUUUUUGUUUUUCUAGAUAUCUUUAAAUUAUACAACACAAAUUAAGAAGCAAACAGUAUUUUCAACCAUUCCGUUCGUUUGUUACUGCACACAUCAAUUUUGACAACUUUAUAUGUAUGUUAAAAUAUACUCUUUCGAUUGCAAAUAAAUAUCGCUUAGGUUUCAUUUUUCGUUUCUUACUGUUGGAAUGUUAUUAAUAUUUACUCUUUAAAAAAUAACCAUUCAAAAGUUCAAACAUUCCAUGAACACAUACCUUAUUAUUCAAUGUUUUUCACUGCAUGUUUGGUUUGAUAGCCGGGCUACAUUUAAACUGUGUUAGAAUUUUUAUCUAAUGUGAGAUUCAACGGUAGAAUGCAAUCAACAAUGUUCAUGCUGAUCAAAUAGAACAAACGUCUGUUGGUUUUAAAUCAGAAAAUUAACCCAACAAUAAUUGGAAAAAUAAGGCCUGAAAUUAAAAUUCCGUUAAUAAAACUCGUAAUGUAGGUAUUUCCCAGUGCCUUACAUGCACCAUACUGAACUGUAUCCCAAAAACCAAGUAGUAAAAACCUUUGGUCAAUCAAACCCGAGAAAUGCCUUCUCUAUACAUAACGCAAUACAUAUUUAAAAAAUAAUUCCAAUACAUUUCUAAAAUGCCGCGUUGAUGUAGGAAAGUCAAGAAUUAAAUGACGAUUAGUUAUUAGAGUAUGUAGAAAACCGUCCCAUUUUUGACAGAGUACUUAAAAAUUUAAUAUCAAUGAAUAAGAAAAAGCAACUGGUUGGCCUUUAUAUACAAGUAUUAAACCACAUAAUAAAACAUCUUUACUAAAUCGAGAAUAAUAGGAAAGAAGUUUACAUUCGUGAACUGGAAACAAGCUACACAAAUUUUCGUUCGGGUAAUGAUUUAGGAGUUUUUUCAUUAAGUAUAUGAAAUUGAUCUUUGGGAUGUUAAAUCUAUUUCUCCAAUUGUAUUAAUAAGGAAUACGCGAGAAUUUUUCCGCAUCAAAUUCUCCCAUUAGUUGAAAAAUAUCUAUAAACUACUAAAUAUAUUCGCGUCAAUACGAUACAAUAGUUUGAAACCCAAUUAAGUGUUUAUUGGAAGCUAAAAGUAAAAUAUAUUAUAAUAUUUUAUAGUGGAAA